AAUGGGACCUCAAACGAUUUUCACCUGCAUGCUGUUAAUAAGUGCCACUAUCUUGCAUGACCCAGCCUUUUUGGUUUACACAGCCUCAGCCCCACUGAGUAGUUCCAUAUCACUGAGACUGGUGAAUGGACAGAACGGGUGUAGCGGUCGCGUUGAAGUCCGUUACAAUGGAAACUGGGGAACAGUCUGUGACGAUGCCUGGGACAUAAAAGAUGCAGAGGUUGUGUGCAGACAGCUUGAGUGUGGGCGGGCCAUUGCGGCGCCCAUGAAUGCCCGGUUUGGUGAAGGCUUCGGAAGUAUUCUCCUGGAUGAUGUGCAGUGCAGAGGGGAUGAAUCCUCUCUGCUGCAGUGCUCGCAUCGGGGGUGGGGCACACAUAACUGUGCUCACCGUGAGGAUGCCAGUGUCAUCUGCUCAGGUCCAUUAGUGAGAGUCAGGAAUGGACAGAAUGGAUGUUCCGGUCGUGUUGAAGUCCGUUACAAAGGAAGCUGGGGAACAGUGUGUGAUGAUGCCUGGGACAUAAAUGAUGCAGAGGUUGUGUGCAGACAGCUUGGGUGUGGGCGGGCCAUUGAGGCCCCCACUAAUGCUCGGUUUGGUAAAGGCUUCGGAAGGAUUCUCCUGGAUGACGUGCAGUGCAGAGGGAAUGAACACUCUCUGUGGCAGUGCUCGCACCGGGGAUGGGGCAUACAUAACUGUGCCCACCGUAAGGAUGCCAGUGUCAUCUGCUCAGCUUCAACACCUACAACAAACGAGCCCCUUACAACGGGUCCAUUAGUGAGAGUCAGGAAUGGACAGAAUGGAUGCUCCGGUCGUGUUGAAGUCCGUUACAAAGGAAGCUGGGGAACAGUGUGUGAUGAUGCCUGGGACAUAAAUGAUGCAGAGGUUGUGUGCAGACAGCUUGGGUGUGGGCGGGCCAUUGAGGCCCCCACUAAUGCUCGGUUUGGUAAAGGCUUCGGAAGGAUUCUCCUGGUUGACGUGCAGUGCAGAGGGAAUGAACACUCUCUGUGGCAGUGCUCGCACCGGAGGUGGAGCAUACAUAACUGUGCCCACCGUAAGGAUGCCAGUGUCAUCUGCUCAGAUUACACAACACAAGAAACAGAGAACUCUUCUUCAUCCACUUUCCUGCCAGGGACCACUGGGGCAAUAUCCAGCCCACAACCUCUGACUACAGUUAAUGGAGCUUCUGUGGAUUACACAAUACCAGAAAGAGAGCACUCCUUUUCAUCCACCACCGCACCAGAGAGCACUGGGGCAAUAUCCACUCCAGAAUCACUGACUACACCUAGUGCAGAAAGAGAGAACUCCUUUUCAUCCACCACCUCACCAGAGAAAACUGGAGAAAUAUUAACCCCAGAAUCACUGACUACACCUAAUAAAGAUUACACAACACAAGAAACAGAGAUCUCUUCUUCAUCCACUUUCCUGCCAGGGACCACUGGGGCAAUAUCCAGCCCACAACCUCUGACUACAGCUAAUGGAGCUUCUGUGGAUUACACAAUACCAGAAAGAGAGCACUCCUUUUCGUCCACCACCGCACCAGAGAGCACUGGGGCAAUAUCCACUCCAGAAUCACUGACUACACCUAGUGCAGAUUACACAACACAAGAAACAGAGAUCUCUUCUUCAUCCACUUUCCUGCCAGGGACCACUGGGGCAAUAUCCAGCCCACAACCUCUGACUACAGCUAAUGGAGCUUCUGUGGAUUACACAAUACCAGAAAGAGAGCACUCCUUUUCGUCCACCACCGCACCAGAGAGCACUGGGGCAAUAUCCACUCCAGAAUCACUGACUACACCUAGUGCAGAUUACACAACACAAGAAACAGAGAUCUCUUCUUCAUCCACUUUCCUGCCAGGGACCACUGGGGCAAUAUCCAGCCCACAACCUCUGACUACAGCUAAUGGAGCUUCUGUGGAUUACACAAUACCAGAAAGAGAGCACUCCUUUUCGUCCACCACCGCACCAGAGAGCACUGGGGCAAUAUCCACUCCAGAAUCACUGACUACACCUAGUGCAGAUUACACAACACAAGAAACAGAGAUCUCUUCUUCAUCCACUUUCCUGCCAGGGACCACUGGGGCAAUAUCCAGCCCACAACCUCUGACUACAGCUAAUGGAGCUUCUGUGGAUUACACAAUACCAGAAAGAGAGCACUCCUUUUCGUCCACCACCGCACCAGAGAGCACUGGGGCCAUAUCCACCCCAGAAUCACUGACUACACCUAAUGAAGCCUCUGAUGAUUACACAACACUGGAAUCAGAUUAUUCCUUUUCAUCCACUUUCACAGCACAGAGCACUGGGGCAAUAUCUACCCCAGAACCACUGACUACAGCUAAUGAAGUGGCACUUACAUGUCUGCCAGAAUACAUGCGUGCAGUCAUUAGAAGAGCCUACAUCAGGUUAAAAGGCUAUUUUUCAUGGAAUUUUCACUUGAAUGACCCAACUUGUAGGCCUAUGUUUACAAAAUCCCAUGUUAUAUUCCAUAUACCUUAUGAUGGCUGUGGUACAAAAAGUGAGGUAAAUAAUGGGACUAUUGACUACUCCAACACAGUCAGAGCAUCCACUUCUGAUAAUUUCAUCACCAGGGCAAAGAGUCUUCAGUUACAUUUCACCUGCAGAAUGAACGAGAGCGUGAUAGUGGACAUCAUGGCCAUCGUCAACGAGUCCAACUCUUUAGAAACUGAUGAAACUCAGUAUGGACAAUUCAAUGUGAAACUUUCCUUUUAUGAAUCACCAUCUUUUUCAAGCCCUGUGAAUACUUUCCCAUACUUUGUUGACCUAAACCAGGACGUAUACAUUCAAGCCACUCUCUACAGCCCUGAUCCAAAUCUGAUGUUGUUUAUAGACACAUGUGUAACAUCUCCUGAUUCCCAUGACUUUACAACUGUGAAAUACGAUUUAAUCAAGAGAGGGUGUGUAAAAGACGAUACCUUCACUGCUUACUAUUCAUCAAACAAAAAAAUUGUUCAGUUCCAAUUUAAAGCCUUUUCGUUUCUUAAUGGAUACUCUACAGUUUACCUCCAGUGCAAAAUGGUGGUGUGCAAGGUGUACGAUUUUUCUUCCCGAUGCUACCAGGGCUGUGUAUCUAGGAACAAGAGAGAGACAAAUUCUGCCCAGGAAAAUGUGAUAGUUGUUGGGCCAGUUAAGCUCAAGUAAAAGAAUCCCAGUAACUCAGAUGGGCAUAUUGUCAAUUUUAUGUGAUGUUAUUUCAAUCGCUUUUAACAUCAAAAGGAUUGGUUCAUUGCAUGAUUUCCUUCUGAUGAGCUCUAGUAGCAUUUUUACCAGCAUAGCAAACUCCCAAUAAACAUCAGAGUACUUGCUUAGUGAUGGUAUACAUCUGAAUAGAUUCCUUAUCUGUCUUUACCAUUCCCUAAUUUCAAAUCUCUUGCAUUUACUUUCUAGACUUCUCUUCAAUAAAUAAUCUUGGUUAUACAAGUAUAGGUGAACCAGAUGAUUGAUUUUCUGAUCUAGACUUAGUGACAACAAAAUCUUCUUGUGUUUAUUCAAAUUCCCCCUUUGUUUUACAUCAUACUACCGGCUGAAUAGCAUGAGUGUUUAUUGUUUAAGAACAAUUAGCAUAUAUUUUAAUUAUAUAAUUAUAUGUUUAUCUCAACUCACAAUGAUUCACUGAUGAGCUUCAUACUUGAAAAGAUGAAAAUAGAAGCAUCUGUGUUUAUACUUAUUAAGGAUAGAAUAAACGCAUUAUGAUACUUGAAAAUUAUGGAGAUGGACACAUUAAAAUUGCUUAAAGAGAGGGACAUUAUAUGGUGUGUAAAUUCUAAAUUCUGCCUCUAAUUUAAGAGAUUAGGAGCUUCAUGUUUUAUUUCUUGAACUAAAUUGAUAUGGAAAGUCAAAUGCAGUGGAAUUAAUAUUUUGUA